UACCGGCGUGCGUGCCUUGUCUGCGCUGCCGUCGUUCUCUUCGGUGAAAAGUACGUCUCGCGAAACUGAGAGCAGCCAAUCACUUGGGAUCUGUUCCCGGCCUGUCAACGGUUCCCUGUUCCAUUGGGGAGGCGUUCCAUUUUCCAUCGCUUCGUUCUUCAUCCGUGCGUGUUUGCGUAGUGGGGGUCCGCGGACGAGCGUGAGAGCUUCCUGAAGAAGAGGAGGAGCGAGCGCGAGCUCCGAAACACAUUCAUUCGAAAUGCGCGAAUACAAGAUCGUGGUUUUGGGUUCCGGUGGAGUGGGGAAAUCCGCGCUCACCGUGCAGUUCGUUCAGGGGGUUUUCGUCGAGAAAUACGAUCCGACGAUCGAGGACUCCUACAGAAAGCAGGUCGAGGUGGAUGGACAGCAAUGUAUGCUCGAGAUUCUGGACACAGCUGGCACGGAGCAAUUCACGGCGAUGCGUGACCUCUACAUGAGGAAUGGUCAGGGCUUCGCUCUCGUAUACUCCAUCACCGCGCAAUCGACUUUCAAUGACCUUCAAGACCUUCGUGAACAGAUCCUGCGUGUCAAGGAUUCAGACGAUGUCCCAAUGGUCCUGGUCGGCAACAAAAGCGACGUCGAGGAUGAGCGGGUGGUGGGUAAAGAGUUGGGGCAAAAUCUUGCGCGUCAGUUUAAUAACUGCGCCUUCCUUGAGUCUUCGGCCAAGGCAAAGACAAACGUAAACGAGAUUUUUUACGAUCUCGUCCGUCAAAUCAACCGCAAAAACCCAGAGCGGAAGCAGCCUUCGAAGAAACGGCAGAGGUGCAGUCUUCUCUAAGUUGUUUCUACUUCAUCCCGACUAUUUGAUUGAUUGAUUGAUUGACUGACUGACUGGCUGUCUAAUUGAUUGAUUGAUUAACUGAUUGAUUGACUGGCUGGUUGAUUGAUUGACUGAUCGAUUGGUUGACUCGCCACAGGACGAGAUAGUGUAGCUGUUCUUCUAACUGCUCUUUGAUACCGAACACUGUCUGUUUGAAAGUUUUUCCCGCCUGCUCGGACUUCCAUCAUCUAGAAAGAAUAAGCUCUCGGAAACUUCGUUUCGAAUCUAAGUCUUCUGAAAUGACGAAUGAGAGUUUUUGUACCGUUGUCGACUAGAAGGAACGAUUCUACCGUUGAACAGGCAUUCAGGCAAUCAGAUGACAAAUUUCGGUCUGCGUUUUAUCGGGUUAACUCUGACUGUAUGGAUGCAUGGAUGAUGGAUGGUGUGAAUGAAGAGUGAAAUCGAUGAGCCCAGAGAAACUUAUCCAGCGAUAUGGCAGUCGCGACCGUCGAUGGAGGCUGACGAGAGAUGAAAGAGAAGAGAGCUUGCAGUAGAGUUUCCGGAUGGAGAGAAAAUGCUCGGGCCUCGGAUGUUGUUUCAAUCAUCAAUCCUGUCGUCGAGUCGAGUCCAGUUCAGUCAUGCAACUUUAAUCUAGAAUCGCAUUGAAAGCGAAGCUGAGGCGAAGCAUAUUUGUUGGUUAUCUUACGUAGUCCAAGAUACUUGAAUUGAUCGAUGUCGGCUUCCUCCCCGUCUCUCAGCGCGGUUUUCCAAGAGUUUCCGCUCGAAUUGCGAGAAAACUCGUCAUAUUCAUUGAGAGUAUUAUAUUACACUCGUGUUAGAUUCAUACAAGCAGAUACAACAUCCUUCUGCAGUCUCUCUCUCGCUCGCUAACUCGCUCGCUAUCUCUCAUCUUGUCUUCCAUUGAUGAUUUCACUGUAGCACUUUCCGUGCUUUCCUCUCUCUUUCGAUCGCUCUCUGUCUUCUGCUCCGUAGCUAGUUUGCCGUGAUGAUGCUAAAACAAACAGUUAGCGGCUUCAUUUCUGCCGGGUUCUAUCGGAACCCUAUCUUCCGACUCGGGUUUGCGAAAGUCCAAACGUCCCUGUCGCCCACCACCGUUCUCCCCGAUAGAUCGUCGUGAGUUUUUGGAAAACUUGCAAACACACUAGAAGUUGUCAUGACGUACUGUGUUUUUCCCACGAUUUCUCUCUUAUGCAGUCAACUCGAGCAAUCGACCACCUUGUACAGAAGAGUUAGGUCAUUGUUGUUAGGCACGGUCGGUGGCUGGUCGCGAGAUAAAAGCCACACGGUGGGAGAAGGAAUUCGAAGAAUGUAACCAGAGAAACACGUCGAAAAAUCCCUCGAGCAUCUCGUCAGUUAAGAGCUCAACAGGAGAAUGAUCGCGGAGACGGCUCGGGUGUCGAAAAGACGGAAAAUUAUUGCUGUGCGGGGCCCGAUCCUCGUCAGAUCGAUGGACGGCUCCUUCGAAGCUUGUCCUCCUUGCGAAUGUUUCCCGAUCGAGUCAACGCCGUCUCCGCGAGGUCACCUGCUGGCGAGCGAGUCAAAAAGCCGACUUCAGAGAAAUAUUGACGACUAGGACGAUUGGGACGCUUUGUUUUCCAUACUGCAAUGAAGGAGAGUGCAUCAACCACAUCACGAAAGUCUGCCUUGGCAGCCGUAUCAACGUCAACAAAUCGAGUACGGAGUCCUCGGAAUUCGCCUCGGAGACAUCAACUUCAGCUUUGUCAACACUUCCAGGAGGCAGGCGAGCAAGCCAGCCAGCCAGUCGAGCAGACCUCAAGCAAAAAGAAAAAUGUCAGCGACGUACAAACUUGUUGAUAUAAGCACUAAGGAUUGAAGUGAUGUUAUCUUUGCGAACACCCUUCACGGUGAAGCGAGAAUUGGAUUUUCGAAGCGAAUUGGUACUUUAUCGAUACCGACGGCAGAACCAAACUCGGCAGCCGAACCCUUACUGUUGUGACUCGGGUAUUAAAAGUUUUCGAGCGGUCUGUCGCCGCCUCGGUUCUUCGAGGAGAGCUCAAAUCCCAGUGACUUCGGUAGCAUGUUCAAGAGGAGCGUUUAUCUGAGAAUCUUGUCACCAGUCAGCUACUUUCAUCACAUCAGAGAUAGCACGGCACAGCAAGCAUUAUUGUAGCUGCCAGCAACGAUAUCGACGGAGGAAGGAACAUCUAGGGAGCUUGUAUGUGUGCGCGUAUGGGUGAUCUGUAAAAAUAUCAUCUCGGAAUAUUAAAAAAUUACAAUUUCGAACUGUUGUCGAUUACAACAAUGUAAGUGUAUAAAUAAAAGUUUUUCUCCAACAUAU